AUGGGAGACUGGAGUUUCUUAGGUAAUAUUUUAGAGGAAGUCAAUGAACACUCAACUGUGAUUGGCCGUGUUUGGCUCACAGUGCUCUUCAUCUUCCGUAUUCUGAUUCUGGGCACAGCAGCAGAGUUUGUCUGGGGAGACGAACAGUCCGAUUACGUGUGUAACACAGAGCAACCUGGUUGUGAGAAUGUCUGUUAUGAUGAAGCUUUCCCCAUCUCCCACAUCCGCCUUUGGGUGCUGCAGAUCAUAUUUGUUUCCACUCCUUCAUUGGUUUAUGUAGGCCAUGCUGUCCAUCAUGUCCACAUGGAAGAGAAGCGCAAGGAGCGUGAAGAAGCAGAGCUCAGCCGCCAGCAGGAAAUAAACGAGGAGCGGCUACCUGUGGCAGUGGACCAGGGAGGCACAACCAAGGAGGCUAGUCCCAAGGGGAGCAAAAAGUUUCGCCUCGAGGGCACUCUACUCUGCACCUACAUUUGCCAUAUCAUCUUCAAGACAUUGUUUGAGGUGGGCUUUGUAGUGGGACAGUAUUUUCUGUACGGUUUCCGCAUCCUGCCGCUGUACAAAUGUAGCCGCUGGCCCUGCCCUAACACAGUGGACUGUUUUGUGUCACGACCCACUGAGAAGACCAUCUUUAUCAUCUUCAUGUUGGCUGUGGCUUGCGUCUCACUAUUCCUCAACUUUGUGGAGAUUAUCCAUCUGGGUUUGAAGAAAGUUCGGUUUGUGUUCCGCCAGCCAGCUCCAGCCCCAGUUGAGAGCUUUGGUCCUCCUGAGCGGAGCCUGCCUUUCCUUCUUACUCCUCCGAUUCACAAGGCUAAAGGCUACAAGCCCCUUGAGGAGGACACCAAGGAAGAGGAGGUUGCACAUAUCUACCCAUUGUCUGAAGUAGGUAUGGAGGCAGGCCUGCUCCCUACACCCUCUCAGGAGAUGGAGCAGAAAAGGAUGCAGGAGGCAGCAGUACCCACAGUGCCCCCUGUAGAGGAGACAGUGAUUUGUGAUGAGAUUUUGCUUUCCUUCACUGAAGUCACAGAGAACCUGCUUGAGUUACCACAAGAAGAAGAGAUGUGUAGAGAAGGAGAUGAAGUAGAUAGUUUUCGGAUGGUUACACCAUUGGAAGAGCAGUCAGAGAAGGGGACUUUGGAGGAGGUACAAAAGCCUAAGGAAGGGGAAGCAGAGACAACAGAGACACUGGAAGAUACAAGACCCUUAAGUCGCCUUAGCAAAUGGAGCAGUAGAGCCAGGUCAGAUGAUCUUAUGAUUUAA